CCCUCCUCGUCCUGCCCUCUGGUCCACGGAGUCCAGCUCCUUCCCUCCUCGUCCUGCCCUCUGGUCCACGGAGUCCACCACGGUCGCCUCACAUCGCGCACGGCCGCAGACACGAUGUCUCCUCUGAGCGCGCGCCCGCUGCUGCUGCUGCUUGUCUGCUUGUCUUUGCCUCUGUAUGCGGUGGAAAAGGUGAGAAAUAGAGGAUACCGAAAGGAUCCUGACGCCGACAAGUGCACUGGGAAUGACGCCGAAAAGGCCAACUGCACUAGACACUUUGGAGAAGGAAGACCUGCUCAUUUGAACAACAUGUUCCCCAGUUGCGUGCAGGGACCGGCGGGCGGCCCCGGCAGAGAGGGCAACCCCGGAACCAACGGCAUCCCGGGGACGCCGGGGAUCCCUGGGCGCGACGGGCUCAAAGGCGAGAAAGGCGAGUGCGUCAACGAGAUCUUCGAGGAGCCCUGGAGGCCCAACUACAAGCAGUGCGCCUGGAGCUCUCUGAAUUACGGCAUCGACCUGGGGAAAAUAGCUGACUGUACGUUCACCAAGCUGCGGUCGGACAGCUCCCUGAGGGUCCUCUUCAGCGGCUCCCUCAGACUCAAGUGUAAGAACGCGUGCUGCCAGAGGUGGUACUUCACCUUCAACGGGGCGGAGUGCACCGGACCCCUGCCCGUAGAGUCCAUCAUCUACUUAGACCAAGGAAGCCCUGAGCUCAACUCGACCAUCAACAUCCACCGGACGUCCUCGGUUGAAGGGCUGUGCGACGGUGUCAAAGCCGGAUUGGUGGACGUGGCCGUGUGGGUGGGGACCUGUUCCGACUACCCACGGGGGGACGCGUCUACCGGCUGGAAUUCAGUGUCCAGGAUUAUCGUCGAGGAGCUGCCCAAAUGAGAUAGAAGGUUGAGUGUGUCCUUUGGUCCCCCUAAACCAUCAGGUACGGUUUGAUGAGGCGUCACUGAGGGGAACUUCAAUGUUUUCUUUUCAAAUACUAGCCGACAGGCAUGUAGAGAGGAAUAAUGUGUUAUUCGGUCUCCCAAAAACAAACUCUGUACUGUAGCCUUUUUCUGCUUAUGGGUGCUGCUGUUUGUACACAGUAACCAUGUAAAAUACAUUGUGACAAGACAUGUAACUAUGUACUCAUUUGACAUGUUUAUAUUCAUUAUUGCUGUUAAUAAAGUAAUUUCUUGCUUUUUUUU